AGCUCUCCUUCCUAAGCCACUUCAACUUCCUCCAAAUCCUUCCCAAGGGCCCAACACCCCCUCAGAUUUUUUUUUGCCGCCGCGACCAACUAGUCGCCGCCAGACUCCCCUACGCAUCCGCGGCCCUUCCGCCGCCGUUGCUAGCACCAUUAGCCACCGCAUCCACGGCGCCUCCGCCACCGCGUCCCUCGCGCCCUCGCCGCCGCGUCCCCCGCGCCCUCGCCGCCGCGGCCUCGACGCCGCCGCCGCGCGCGCCCUCCCUCGCCGCGGCCCCGAGCCGCCGCGUCCCCCGCGCCCUCGCCGCCGCGGCCUCGACGCCGCCGCCGCGCGCGCCCUCCCUCGCCGCGGCCCCGCGCCCUCGCCGCCGCGUCCCCCGCGCCCUCGCCGCCGCGGCCUCGACGCCGCCGCCGCGCGCGCCCUCCCUCGCCGCGGCCCCGCGCCCUCGCCGCCGCGUCCCCCGCGCCCUCGCCGCCGCGGCCUCGACGCCGCCGCCGCGCGCGCCCUCCCUCGCCGCGGCCCCGCGCCGCCGCGUCCCCCGCGCCCUCGCCGCCGCGGCCUCGACGCCGCCGCCGCGCGCGCCCUCCCUCGCCGCGGCCCCGCGCCCUCGCCGCCGCGGCCUCGACGCCGCCGCCGCCCGCGCCCUCCCUCGCCGCCCCACGCCGCCCGCGCCCUCCCUCGCCGCCCCACGACGCCCCAUCCCCGCGCCUCCGCCGCCGCGGCCUCGACGCCGCCCCCGCCCGCGCCCUCCGUCGUCGCGGCCCCAUGCAGCCGCGUCCCCGCGCCUCCUCCGCCGCGGCCUCGACGCCGCCGCCGCCCGCGCCCUCCCUCCUUGCGACCCCGCGUCGCCGCGGCCCCGCGCCUCCGCCUCUGCGCCCCCGCGCCUCCGCCGCCGCGGCCUCGACGCCGUCGCCGCCCGCGCCUCCCCAGUCGCGGCCCCGCGCCGCCGCCUCCCUGCGUCCCCGCCGCUGCGGCCCCGACGCCGCAGCCGCCCGCGCCUUCCCCUUGACCGCCGCGGGUCCACCCACGGUCUCGCCUCCACUCCCGAGCUCCAAGCCGCCGCAGAUGAAACCUUUCUCCACCGACGUCGUGAAUACCUCAUCCGCAAGGCGGACUACGACUCUGCAGCCGAGACCUACGCACAAGCCGUUAUUGGGCGAGACGCUCAUCUUGCGGUCGUCGCUCAGUAUAACGCUGACAUGGCAACCUAUACCCCCAAACUCAUUGCAUGGUCCGGUGCUGACAACCGCGCCUGCACCGUCCUCCUCGGCGCCCUCCCUGACACCCUCAUGCGUCGCUUCCAAGCCAGGGAACUCCGCGCCUCCGUGAUCUGGACGGAACUGCACGCCAUGUUUGAACGUCGUGAUAUCAGCUCCGUCGGUAUUCUCUUCCAAGAAUACUUCUCCAUCACGCUCGCUACUUGUGAACGUGCUGUUGACUAUGUGGGACGAAUGCGCGAAGUAGCUGACUGCCUCGAAGCCCUCCAGGCCGGCCUCUCCGAACCUCUGCAGAUCCACCGCCUCCUCUUCAAUCUCACUCUGAAUUAUGAAUCCCGCCUCCACGCAUUCACCGAGGCCAAACCCAUGGCCGACCUCAGCUCCGUCGAACAGUGGAUCAUCGACACAAAGGUCAAACUUCGCACCCCUGUCGUCAAUCUCACCACCUCUCAACCCUCCUCCUCCUCCCACAACGCCACGCAGCCGCGCAAGCAGGGCAAAGGCAACGGCAAAGGAGGAGGCGGAGGCAAGGGUGGUGGCGGGCGAGGUGAGGGAAGCAGUGGAGGCCGUGGAGGCACGGGAGGCGAUGAGAACAGUACCACCACUGCCACUCCUGGUGGCUCCUCUGAGGGACGGGGAAAUCGUGUUGGAGCUGGGAUGCGGAGAUAA